ACCAAGUAGUAGUAAAUAAUAAAAAUAGAGUAGGGAAGAAAAAGGGUUCUCCUCGCUUGUUUUCGUCCUGCGCAGUGCGCACAACCUAAAACCCUAACCACAAUACACUAUCAAAAAUUCUCCCCCGAUUUAAAAACCCUAAAACAUAGAAUCAAAGCAGUGAAUUAAAGAUGUCAAUUGACGUUGAAAAACCGAUUGAAGUGCCCGAACUUGAAGCAGAAGUUGAAGUAGAUGAAGAAGAAGAGGAUUCGUGGUCAUCAGAUUCUGAAAUUGGAGACGCUCUGGACUAUUUGGAUUCAAAACACGAUGAAGAUGCUAUUGAUGGAGCUUUUACUCCUCAGUCGAGGCGCCCAAAUGCUCACGGUGGCCUUCACACUCGUCCAAAUGCCUCUUCGCUGCAGCCUCUCUCGAAUCGAAACCAGAAAUUCACUAAUCAUAUUAGAGCUUCACCUUUAGAGGAAUGGGAGGGAAGGUUUGAUGUUGGCAUGUCGAAUUCUGUUACAACUGCUAUUCGUGGAAGUGUUAGAGAUAUGGCAAUUGGAAAGACUAAAACUACGGAGAAGGCGGAUCGUGCAACUGUUGAACAGGCAAUUGACCCCAGAACUCGCAUGGUUUUGUUCAAAAUGUUGAAUCGGGGUGUCUUCCAUGAUAUAAAUGGUUGUAUUUCAACUGGAAAAGAAGCAAAUGUUUACCAUGCUACAAAAUCUGAUGGUCAGGAAUUGGCAAUCAAAAUUUACAAAACUUCUGUACUUGUGUUCAAGGACAGAGACAGAUAUGUAAAAGGUGACUACCGUUUCAGAUAUGGAUAUUGCCGGCACAAUCCUAGAAAAAUGGUCAAGACAUGGGCUGAAAAAGAAAUGAGGAAUCUUAUGAGGCUAAAGGCAGCAGGAAUUAGGUGCCCAACUCCACUUCUUUUGAGGCUUCAUGUUCUUGUUAUGGAGUUUAUAGGCAAAUCUGGUUGGGCUGCACCUCGACUUAAGGAUGCCUCUUUAUCUCUUGACAAACUACGUGAAGCUUAUAUGGAGAUGGUAAUGGCAAUGCGCACAUUAUAUCAGAAGUGCAAGCUGGUGCAUGGAGAUCUCAGUGAAUACAACAUACUUUUUUAUGAGGGUCACUUGUAUAUUAUUGAUGUAUCACAAUCGGUUGAUCUUGACCAUCCCCAUGCCCUUGAUUUCCUUAAAGAGGACUGCCUUCAUGUUUCAGACUUCUUUAAAAAACAUGGUGUAGCUGUUAUGACGAUUCGUGAAUUGUUUGAUUUCAUAGUUGAUCCAUCCAUUAGCGACGAUUCUGUGGACAGUUAUUUGGAAAUGGCGCAACAAAAAAUUCUGGCUAGAGGAAAUCUGAUUUCCGCAGAGGAUGAAAUUGCAGAUUCCGUGUUUGUGCAGUCGUAUAUUCCCAAAACGCUAGAUGAUGUGAUGCAUGCUGAAGAGGAUGUCAUGGCAAUAACUAGUGGCAAGGACACUGGAGAUAUGUUAUACCAGACUAUCACUGGGCUUAAAGAGGCACUUGCCAUUGCUCAACCUUCUCUUCCCAGAAGAGACGACCAACAGCAACCUCGAGAGGUCAUCUUCGAGGCACCUACUGAUCAAGAUGGUCAUAUUAAUUCCCAGGAAAUUGAAUCGGAGGAAGAAACAGAUGAAAGUGAGGAUAGUUUGAUUGGCUCCGAUGAAGAAGGGUCUCUGUCUGAAAAUGAGCCAAAGAGACCUGAGGAUAUAAAAGCAGCUAGAAAGGAGAACAAGAAGAAAGUUAAAGAAGAGAAAAGAGAGGCUAGAAAAACAAAAGUACCAAAAGCCCUGAAGAAGAAAAAGAAAAAGUUGGCGAAAGCCAAGAAAACUAGGUAGUUGCAACUUGCUAGUUAGUGGUAGAGACACGGUGCAACUAUAAUAUGGUGAGUUUUGACUACAGAUUUUGUUUAUGAUUCAAAAAAGCUUGUUUUGAGAUUAUAUACUUUAUAUACUACGAAUUGGAAGAUUUUUGUGUUGA